AUGGUCCAUCGAUGGUGCGAUGGAUGCGCGAAAAGAGUGGCCGCGGAGACGAAUGAAUCGAAUGGGUUCACGUGUUGCACGCAGUGCGGGAAGAUCUUACACGAACGCGUGGUGUUCAGUGGGGAGACGACGUUCACGAAGAACGCGCAGGGAGCGAGCGUGCCGGAUGGAAUGUUCGUGCCGGAGAACGGUAUCGCGCACGGAGUGAUCAGGGCGAGUCGAGGUGGACGAUUGUACGGCGUGCAGUUGGACUCGCACGAGCGGACGCUGUACCGAGGGAAACUGGAGAUUAAGCAGGUGGCGGAUAGGUUGGCGAUACGACCGAGGGAGGACGUCGUGGACGCGGCGCAUCGUUUGUAUAAGCUCGCGGUGCAGAGAAACUUUACCAGGGGGCGUCGAGUGAGUCAAGUUGCGGGGGCGUGUCUGUACAUCAUCUGUCGACAGGAGAGUCGACCGUACAUGUUGAUAGACUUCGCGGACGUGUUACAGACGAACGUGUACGUUUUGGGGGCGGUGUUCUUGCAGCUGUGUCGACUCUUGCGUCUGGAGCAGCAUCCGUUGAUGCAGAAGCCGAUCGAUCCGAGUCUGUUCAUUCACAGGUUUGCGGACAAGCUCAGUUUAGGACGGAGGAUGCACACCGUCGCCAACACCGCGCUGAGACUGGUCGCGUCGAUGAAGAGGGAUUGGAUGCAGACGGGACGGCGUCCGAACGGGAUUUGCGGCGCCGCUCUGUGGGUUGCGGCACACAUUCACGGAUUCAAUCCGAGUAAGCGAGACGUCGUCGCGGUGGUGCACGUCGGCGAGGCGACGCUGAAGAAGCGUCUGUCUGAGUUUGAGAAUACGCCAAGCGCGGCGCUGUCCGUGGAGGAAUUUGAUACGCAGGCGCGAACGUACGAGAUAGAAGAGGAGGCAAAUAGAACACUGAAAUCGCUGCCAUCGAGUUCGAUGUCUGUGCUUAGCUGCGUGCACAAGGACAGUGAGAACACGCCGCACUUUGCACAUGGGAUGUGCAGGUCGUGUUAUAUAGAUUACGUUCGGAUAUCCGGCGGUUCGAUGGGUGGAGCCGAUCCACCGGCGUUUAUGCGAGCGAAAGCGAUUCGAAAAGCCGAGUCGGAGUCGUUCAUGCUCCCAUCGACAGAGGAUUUGGUGGACGACGAUAAGAUUUCUCAAGAGUUCAAAUCAGCGCUCGAAGUCGACUUCGGCGCGCUGCUCAACCCGCAAGACGAUUCGCGUAAACAGCUAGCGUUGACGUCCGCAUCGACAGCGCACACGCACCGAUUAGUGGGCAGCGUUAGUAACCGCGAGCCCGUCGGUGCUGGCUUUUUACUUCGUGCGGAGGAAUCCUUGCGCUUGCUCGUCGGCUCGCGAUGGGCAGAAUUAGUUUGUUUGCCGUUCACGAGCGAUCUUGCGAGAGGUAGAGUCUCCAAAGAACACAUGUGUGAGCUUCACCCGAAGUACGAGACUUUCUCCGAGAACGAGGGCGAGCGCAUCGCGCAAGUUGACGAACCAGUGCUGCACUUUUUGAUCGCCGCUGAGUGCUUUGACGACGAGGGCCUUGACCACUUGGCCAAGUAUUCGCCGCACGACGUCAAAGCUCUGGAGAAGACUCGUUUCGAUCCCGCGAUGGCGAAUGCCAUCGUUGAAACUGCAGAUGGUCUGGUCCCGAAACGGAACGAUGACUACAUCGACACGCUGUCAGACGUUGACGAUGACGAGAUUGACUCGUACAUUCAUGACGAAAACGAAGUCAAGCUUCGACGGGUCGUUUGGGCCGAGUUGAACAAGGAGUAUCUCGAGGGCCAAGCGCUGAAAGAGCAAACACCUGCUCGCACGCUGCCGUCUACAAGCAAGAGGAAGAAGAAAGUGGCGGUGGUCCCCCCUGCGGAGACACCUGCGGAGGCAGUGCACCAGGCACUGUCCAAGAAAAAGGGAAGCUCAAAGAUUAACUACGAGGUUUUGGAGAACCUGUUCAAGGUCUCCGAUCCCCAGCCCAGCGCCGCGACGAACGACUCGACCGAGGCUGCGACCGGUGGUGAGAAAACCGCCCCAUCUCCCGAAACUAGGCGUUCAAAGGCCUCCCGCAGACGUCCCGCCGGUUUGCCGCAAGCCGGCGCCGUGCCGCGCGCAAAGAGACACGUGAGCGGCGCCAACCCGGCCCGCCCGAGCGGACUCGUCGCCAGGAAGUCUAAGACAAAGUAA